AUGCCGGCAACCAACCAGGGCUGGCCCGAGGCGUUCGGGUUCAAGAUCAGCGGGAGCGGCCCGUGCUACGUGGUGUGGGUGCAGGAGGGCAGCAGCGCGGGGCUGGCGGGGCUGCGGCCGGGGGACGAGUGCGGGGCUGGCGUGCGGGAUCCUGUCCCCAGAGCCACCGCCGUGCACAGGGAGAGGAAGGAGAAAGCGCAGGAAUUCAGCAAAAAGGUAGAUGACAUCCUGGGUGACCAGCCAGAGGUCAAGGAGAAGGUGUUCACCAUCCUGAAGCAGUACGCAGCAGAGCGGAAGGUGGAAUACUUGGCCUAUGCCCUUUGCAUGGUCCUCACCCAGGAGUCCCACCAACAUCUCAUUGACAACAUCAGGAUUUUCAUCCCCAAGAAGCACCGGCAGCGGUUUGACGAGGUGGUGUCACAGAGCCUGAUCAGCAAGCUCUGCCGCUCCAAGAGCGAGCAGCACAGCAACCGCCUGCGCCGCAGCCGGAGCGAGGACCACCAGGAGCGGCUCCUGGUCUCCACCCGCGCCAGCUCCGUGCCCCGCAGCCACGAGGAGCUCAGCAAGAGCCUGCGGAAAACCACUUCGCUCCUCACCAGCAAUGUGGCCUCGGGGGCUGCCCGCAGAACUGUGCGAGUUUAUAAAGGCAACAGAAGCUUUGGCUUCACCCUGCGUGGCCACGCCCCGGUGUGGAUCGAGUCUGUCCUGCCAGGGAGCCCGGCUGAGAAGGCUGCUCUGAAACCUGGAGACAGGAUCCUGUUCCUUAACGGUCUGGACAUGAGGAACUGCUCCCAUGACAAGGUGGUGUCAAUGCUGCAGGGCAGUGGGGCAAUGCCCACCUUGGUGGUAGAAGAGGGGAUCGUCAACUUCUCCAAUGACUCUGACUCUGUCGACUCCCCGAGCACCUCCUCAGCCCUCACCUCCCUGCAGUGGGUGGCAGAGAUCCUCCCCUCUAGCAUCAAGAUUCAAGGAAGGACCUUCACGCAGCAGCUGGAGCACCUGCUGACCCCUGCCGAGCGCUACAGCAUCUGCAGAGCGCUGGAAGGCUUCUUCCAACAUCGGAACAUUGACACUCUCAUUGUGGAUGUGUACCCAGUGCUGGACACACCAGCCAAGCAAGUCAUUUGGCAGUUUAUCUACCAGCUGCUGACAUACGAAGAGCAGGAGCACUGCCAGCAAAAGAUUGCCAGGUUUCUUGGUUACAAGUCCUUGGCAGGCCAGAGUGACACCGUGGAGGUCCCAGUUCGCCUGAUCCCUGGAGAGAGGCAGGCUGGGGAUGGCACAUCCCUCCCAGAGACACCCAACCCCAAAAUGAUGUCAGCUGUCUAUGCAGAACUGGAAAACCGCCUGAUUGGCAGCUUUGCUGGCAAGGUGGGGAACCCUGCCUGGCACAGAGCGUCGCCUCCCCGCGCUGCAGGUAGUGUCCUGCUCCCCCAGCACCAGAGCCUGCCUGGGGGGGCUCAGGCCAUAGUGGAUGGUGCUGCCAGCCGCGACACCGCCCGGUUCCGGGACGCUCUCAGCGAGCAGCUGGGGCACCGCGUCACCAUCGUGGAUGAUUUUCUCACCCCUGAGAAUGACUACGAGGAGAUGAGCUUCCACGAUGACCAGGGCAGCUAUGUCACCAACGACAACUCGGAAGGGACCAUCUGGGGGCAGCUUGGGGAAGACUCAGAUUACGACAAGCUGAGUGAUAUGGUCAAAUACCUCGACCUAGAGCUGCACUUCGGGACACAGAAGCCCACAAAGCCAACUCUCAUGCCUGAAAACUUUAAAAAGAAAGACGUGGUUGAAAUUUUGUCCCACAAAAAGGCCUACAACACAUCCAUCCUGAUAGCCCAUCUCAAGCUGUCACACAUCGAGCUGCGCCAGAUCCUGAUGACGAUGGAGACGGACCGGCUGGAGCCCUCCCACAUCAAGCAGCUCCUGCUGUACGCGCCGGACGGGGAGGAGGUGCAGCGCUUCCAGAGCUACAAGGAGAACCCCAGCAAGCUGAGUGAGCCCGACCAGUUUGUCCUGCAGAUGCUGGCAGUGCCAGAAUACAAGAUCCGCCUGCGCAGCCUGCAUUUUAAGACCACUCUGCAGGAGAAGAUAGAGGAGAUCAAAGCCAGCUACGAGUGCAUCUGCAAGGCCUCUCUGGAGCUGAAAAGCAGCAAGAAGCUGGCUAAGAUCUUGGAGUUUGUGCUGGCAAUGGGAAACUACCUGAACAACGGGCAGCCCAAGACCAGCAAAACAACAGGCUUCAAAAUCAACUUUCUCACCGAGCUGAACACGACCAAGACUGUAGAUGGGAAAUCCACCUUCCUGCAUAUUCUUGCCAAAUCACUUAGCCAACAUUUCCCAGAGCUCCUGGGCUUUGCCAAGGAUCUUCCCACAGUGCCGCUUGCUGCCAAAGUGAACCAGAGAACUCUGACAGCUGACCUGAAGGACCUGCACACCACUGUCAGUGACAUUCAGCUGGCCUGCCACAACAUGCCAGCGACUGCAGAGGACAGAUUUGCAAUUGUGAUGACUUCCUUCCUGGAGAGUGCCCAGCCUGCCAUGCGAUCCCUGGAUGACCUGCAGCACAAGGCCAUGGAAGAGUUCAGCAAGGUGUUGUCCUUCUUUGGGGAAGACUCGAAAAUGACAACUUCUGAAGCCUUCUUUGGCAUUUUUGCAGAAUUCAUGAGCAAGUUCGAGCGGGCACUCAGCGAUGUGCAGGUCGGCGAGAGCCAGCGCAGCCCCAGGGUGACCUCCCCCCUGGCCUGGUGA